UUCAAAAGUAAAUAGUCAAUAUGUAUAGCCUAGUGGAGUUAUCACGAUGACCCGUUGUAUCCAUGUUUCCAGAUACCUAUGGUAGUGUUUGAGAUCACUGUCGUUCUCAUGGCAACCUGAACAUGUGGAAGCCAACCAAGAAUCAGAAAUUUGGCGUAGUUAUCUACAACUUUGAACAUGAAAACCUUCAGCAGGCGUUGAGACUCGAUGUGGGAGAUACUGUGCAGAUAUUAGAAGAAUGCGCUGGCUGGUACAGAGGCUUCAACUCAAGAAACAGAAAUGUCAAAGGCAUAUUUCCUGCGCAGUUUAUCCAUCUCAAGCCAUUCAAGAUUGAUAAUGAAGGUGUCUAUGAAACGGUAACACCUGUGGAAGAUCCUGUUGUGCAGGAGGCGGCAUCCGUGCUGAGAGAAUGGGGGCAAAUAUGGAAGAAACUUUAUGUGGAGCUUGGGACACCAAAUGGAGACCAAGAGCUCUGGGAUGCUGUCCGGAAAGCCAUGAUGGAUGUGGCUGACUGGAGGAAACAGCUCAUCACGGGAACGCUUACCUCAGACCAGAUAGCACAACUCAAAUUAAAAAUAACGCGGAAAAUAGACUGGGGGAACAGGAAGCUGGGACUUGACCUUGUGCCCCGAGUCGAUGGGGAGAUGGUGGAUCCCGAUUGUGUUAGUGUGGUAGAGCUUCAUCAGGUGCAUGUACAAAGUGCUGAAGCUUCACAAACUCACACUCAGGGCCUUGGAACACUUGGAAAGAGGAAGGAGAGGAGGAAAAUCUUGAGUCAUCACUUGUUUUUCUGUAUGAGAGAUUUCUCAUACUACUUAGGAGAAGAUGCUGAGGUUUUCUUCUCCUUGUAUGAUGCACAGAGAGGAAAGAUUAUAAGUGAAAGAUUUCUAGUCAAAUUAUCAAAAGAAGGAUUUUCAAAUUAUAUUGAAAAAAUCCAUAGUAACUGCACAAUAUUUACAGACCUUGGUAGUGGAGACCUAGCAUCAGACUUGUAUAUUGUUGCACAUGUUGUUAGAGUUGGAAGGAUGCUGUUCUCAGAGUCAGUGAAGAAGACCUCAUCCCACUGUUAUCGCAGACCUCAUGGUGUUGCUCUGUUCAGAUUAUCACAGUCUGUUCUCCAAGGCAGUGAGGGAGAGGUUGAGCUAACAGGAAAACUGUUUACUUCUGAUGAGAAGGACUUUUGGCAGCUUCACGAACUGGUUCUUAAGAAGCAGUCAAACAAAUAUUCUAUCCUGUCUAACAAUGCCAGUUAUGGUUUGGUUGUGAGUGUGAAGGUGGUGCAUGGUGAGUUAGAACAAGCCACCAAGGAAAAUCCCCUGCUGCUCAAGAAUGUGUGUGUUACUAAGAAACUUGGCUUCUCAGAUGUCAUUAUGCCUGGAGAUGUAAGAAAUGACUUAUAUGUGACCCUAAAUAAUGGAGACUUUGAGAAGGGAGGGAAGACUGUUGGUAAAAAUAUUGAAGUUACUGUACUGGCAUUAGACUCAGAUGGGAAAGCUCUGGAGUGUAUUUACAGUGGUAUGGGACAUGAUGGAAGCACCGAGUUUUCAUCCAUGAUAAUGUAUCACAACAAUUCUCCUCGUUGGAAUGAACGGCUAAAAGUUGCCAUCCCUAUUGACCAGUUUGCAGGUGCACACCUGAGACUGGAAUACAGGCAUUGCUCAACUCGUGAAAAAAAUGAAAAGAAACUCUUUGGCUUUUCAUUUGUCCGUCUUAUGGAUGAUGAAGGGGGAACAACAUUGCGAGAUGGAUCCCAUGAACUGUGUGUUUAUAAAUGCGAUGAACGCGGGCGUUUAAACAAUCCAGUGGAGUACCUUUCCAUGCCUUUCCUUGCCAAAGAAGCCGUGGAUUGUAUCUACUCUUUACCAUUCCAGCGAUCACCCAAAGAAAUAAUGGUCAUUGACACUCUGCUAUGCUCAACCAAACUCACACAAAAUGUUGAUCUCCUGUCAUUACUGAGAUGGAGAUCAGCUCCUGAGGGUAUUGGAGAAACACUUUCAAGACUUACCCGUGUGGAUGGUGCAGAGACGGUCAAGUUCCUACAGGAUGUGUUGGAUGCACUAUUUGCUAUGUUUUCCACUGAUGAUGGGAACUCAACACAACAUUCUGGCCAUGUCUUCCAGGCCCUAGUCUCUAUAAUUAGCCUUCUUGAAGACAGUAAGUUCGAGCAUUUUAAGCCAGUAAUGGAUGCUUACAUCACUGGCCACUUUGCUGCUGCACUUGUAUACAAGGGCCUUAUCAGUUGUGUGAAGCACCUGUCGGACCUCUGCCCUCAGACCGAGAAGCAGGAACCAAUUAUGAAAUGUUUUCGUUCGCUGGAAUAUAUCUUCAAAUUCAUCAUCCAGUCUCGGCUUCUGUUUGCGAGAGCCACAGGGGGACAGAAUGAAGAUUCCUUUAGAGUUGAUGUGGAUAGUUUAUUUGAAUCUUUUGCUCAUAUGCUCAAUAUGCAUCUGGACAACAUCCAAGCUUCUCAGGUUACAUUACUGGAGCAUCUACAGGGGGCAUGCGAUCAGCUCACUCGUGUGCUAAGCCCUGGGGAAGUUGCAAACCAUCUCAGUAAUCUCUUCAAUGCCACACCUGUUGAAAGCACUCGGGACUUGACCAGGUCCAAACUGCUGGCCAUGAAGAAUGCCGUAAAUUCUCAAAUAUUUGAAGACGAUGAGGGACGAGGACUGUUACUGGUAACUAUAUGUACUCACUUGAGGCAGCAUCUUGACGGUCGCCUGGAGUUGCGCAUGUGUGGUGACGUUCUCUCUGAUAUGAUCAUCCUUACUCACAAGUAUAGCAGGAAGUAUCCACAGAGUAUGGUACCACCAGCACUGCAACAAGAUAUAGAAACAAUGAUGCUUACAUUGUUUGAUGUGCUGGUCCAGGUGAUCUUGACUCUAGAGCGCUCAGCACCCAGCUCAGGUAGCAGUACCUUAAUACCGGAUGUGAUGGGUCUGACACAGCUGCUGUCUGCUUUCAAGACCAAAUUUGUUCCUACUCACGCUUCAGUAGUCCUGGGGAGUCUGUCAGUGACUCCGUUUGUACAGGACUACACUCGGGGAACCUUAGUAGCAUGCUUAAUGGGCAUUCUGCAGCUUAUGUCCGAGAUACACUACACCAAGCUAUGGGAGGAACACUUGAUCUCCGGCACCCAUCAUCUGCGCCACCUUCUAUACUCGACCAUCGUGCUGCUGGCAGACCUUGUGAGAGCAGCGGUGUUUCCAAGUGACUGGUUUGUCAUGCGCAUGGUUACCAACCACACUAUAUUGACAGCUAUGCAGGAGAUUGCACAGCCACUGAUUUCAACAUUUUUGAAGUCGGGAAGAUUUGACAACCAGGUUUGGAGUAAUUACCUGAAUCUAGCUGUUGGAUUCUUGACGCAGCCUUGCCUCCAGUUGGAGCACUUCUCACAGCAGAAACGUCACAAGGUUUUGGAAAGAUACAAUGACAUGAGAGUCCUUAUGGGCUUCCAGAUACUUUCCAUGUGGCAUAAUUUGGAUGAGCACCGGCUGCACUUCAUACCUGGCAUGGUGGGCCCGUUCCUGGAGGUGACACUGGUGCCGGAGCCAGAACUGCGCAAAGCAACACUGCCCAUAUUCUUUGACAUGAUGCAGGCAGAACAACAAGCAAAAGGCAAUUUCAAACAGGUUGAGACGGAACUUAUAGAUAAGCUUGAUAUAUUGGUAAGCGAAAACAAGGGUGACGAUGAAUACCGUCAACUUUUUAAUACGAUACUUUUGGAGCGUGUACGUUCAAAUGACCCAGUAUGGAGAGAGAGUGGAACAGCUUUUAUCAACUCUGUUACAAGGCUCUUAGAAAGGCUGUUAGACUACCGCAGUGUGAUGCAGGGGGAUGAAAACUGUGACAAGCGAAUGAGUUGCACAGUUAACUUGUUGAACUUCUAUAAGAAUGAAAUUAAUCGACAAGAAAUGUACAUUCGGUACAUCUACAAGCUCCAUGAUCUCCACCUCCCAGCAGGCAAUUACACAGAAGCUGCCUUCACUCUGCAGCUGCAUGCAGAUCAGCUCUCAUGGACACAGAGGAUGCUGCAUGCAGAUCACUUAUAUCAAGCACAGACGGAAACUCAGCGAAAAGAGCUAAUUUAUAUGAAAAUUAUAGAUUACUUUGACAAGGGCAAGUGCUGGGAGCAAGGCAUUCCCCUUCUUGAAGAAUUAGCAGGACAGUACAAAACCAGAUUGUUUGAUUAUCAGAGACUAAGUGAGGUAUUAAAACGUCAAGCUUCAUUCUAUGAGAAAAUACUUAGUGGCAAGAGAUAUGAUAAUGAAUAUUUCCGUGUUGGAUUCUAUGGCCUGGGUCUUCCUCUUUUUGUGCGGAAUAAAGUUUUCAUUUACCGUGGAUUAGAGUAUGAGCAGAUUGUGGCUUUCACCCAGAGGAUUCAGACGGAAUUUCCUCAGGCUAAAAUGCUGCACCACAAUACUCCUCCUGAUGAUACUAUCCGCUCAUCUGAUGGACAGUAUAUCCAGAUCUGUGCGGUGAAGGCAGUCCCAGAGCCAAAUCCCAAGUUUGAGGGCAUUGAAGUUGAUGAAAGAAUUCUCAAAUAUUACACUGUGAACCAUGUCCGCCACUUUGUGUAUGACCGGCCUACGUACCGUGGACCGGCAGAUAAAGAAAAUGAGUUCAAGAACUUAUGGAUCGAGAGAACUACCUACACAACUGAAUGUGAGCUGCCUGGUAUCCUCAAGUGGUUUGAAGUAGUUGAACAAAGGAUAGAACAGUUGUGUCCACCUCAGUAUGCUUGUGAAACUGUGGAACGCAAUAACAAACAGAUUCGCCAAGUUAUGCAGCACUAUCGUGCCAACCCUCAGGAUAACAUUCAGCCCUUCACAAUGAGGCUUCAAGGCACCAUUGAUGCAGCUGUUAAUGGAGGGAUUGCAAAGUACCAGGAUGCCUUCUUUGGGCCUGACUACUUGGUUGUGUAUCCUGAGUACGCAGAUCACGUUAAUAGACUCAAGGUCCUCAUAUCAGAUCAGACCAUGAUCUUAGAGGGAGCGCUUGAACUCCAUGGAAAGAUUGCACCGCCUGCUAAUCAGCCUCUUCAUAGAAGAUUAGUAGAGGUUUUUGAAGGUUUACGAGCAAAAGUACGGAAGAUGUGCUCAACACCCCAGUCCCAACGAUCGACCUCUUCUCUCCAGUCAACUCCCCCGCCUCCUCCAACCCACAGGAGGGCAGACUCUGACCCUGCUACAGAGUUCAGGAGAACGGGAUCAAUUAUCAACUCCCCUUUGCCACCACUGCCAUCUGAUAAGUGUGCUGUUAGUGUAAGUUCUUCCUCCACAUCCGGCCACUCCUCGCAGAGAUCAUCGCAGGCAUCUUCACUAUAUGCUCAUUUCCACUCAGCUUCUCAUGAUGAUGAAUUAUAUGCCAAGCCUCAGGAAUGGGACGAGGGAGUUGCCAGCAUGCGCGACUCACGGCCCCGAUCUGCCUUCAUUACGGAUAGCAGAGGCUCCUCCCCGAAGUCUCUCUCCAAGUCCCUCAACAAUGAUUAUAUGAUUGUACCUUCUCAGAAAAGCAGUUCUGAUGAAAACAGACGGUCUCGCCACUCUCGUCCACCAAGCCCUCAUUCAGCUAGAAUCUCCGGUACUCAUGACUCACUCAACACUUCAUGGAGCGAUUCUCAUGGAUCACAAGAAUCUCUUCCCCCCCUCCCACCAAGAGAUCAUUUUGCAGGAAACGAAAGACAGACUCGCUCAGUUAGCCUUGGGGGGGAGGAAGACGCUCCUCCUCCAGUGCUCCCCAAGAGGAUGGGCAAGAAGUGCUCGUCGCCUGCCAUGUUUGGGUCUGAUCAGCUCCUGGGUGAUGGUGUGGAUGGAAGCAGCAGUAGCGGCGGUGGCCUCAGUAACGGCUUUCCUGCCUCCACCCCUGGCACCCCUCCGUUGCUCUCACCGCGUAACCACCGCACUCCCCCACCACCACCUAUACCUCCCAAGUCAACUUCUACCCCACUCACUCCACUGUCACCACCCUCAAGCUUCACCCUCAACACUUCUGGUGAUGACUUAACACCUACCACACCAACUAAUAUAUACAUAGGUGAUAUAGAAAAUACGCAUCCCAGUCUUCACGAGAACUAUUCCGUGCCACCUCGACUUCAGCCAUAUCCUCCACCAUCUUCCUGAAUCUUCUUGUGCUUUUCCCUAGAAGUGCUGGUGUUCGCAUUUUGAUGUGUUGGUAUGGUUUCUAUUUGGAAUUACUCACAUAAUUCUGUUUUAUUUUCAACAGUGUAAUUUGUUUUUAAUCCCAGAUAUGGUAUAUUAUUUAGGCAUGCAUAUUUGGGUUCAAUUAUAGAAAAAAAUUGUGGUUCACAUAAGAUUUCAUGAAUUCCAUUAUUUGUUAUAAGCUUAAAUCAAGUUUCAUAUAAAAAUUCUAAGAAUGAAUUAGACUUGCAUACUUAAGUAAAAGAAAAAAUCAUAUAUCCAUAAUCUAUGAUGAUAUUAUUAUCUUUUAUGUGAGUACACUCAACAACAAAUACAGAAAAAAAAACUUAUUUUCCUUCUAUAACAAAAAAUAGACCUGCAGCCUAUUUGUCUAUCUUUGCCUCUCUUUCUCUCCCUUGUUCAUAAUCUUAGUGUGUCUCAGUAACUGAAUUACAGUAUCAGAUUCAGUCUCAAUCUUUCACAUUCUCAUUCUCAUGCACAUUUUUUACACAUCUGUAUUUUAAUCAUACCAAUACAUGAUGACUUUCUGUUUCUCCCCAGGAAAGUGUUUGUGAAUGCAAAUCUUACUGUUUUUCAUCUGUGGUCAACAUCUUGCCUUCUCUGCUUCCAUUUUAUAUAUGAUCAUACCCAAUCAUCCUAAUUCUUGCUCCACAGUUGAAAUCUGACCAACUGUUGAGUUUUCAUUGGUCUUGUCCAUACUCAUUCUAAUGUUCUAAUUUGAAAAAAAUAACCAUGUUGGAAUAAUUCAAAAGGAAUUAAAACCUGAUCUUGAGAAAAGGUAUUACUUACCUU